UUCGAUUUCAAAACCUGUGUCAUCAAGUCUAUACGGCAGUCACAGCUCUCUCUCUCGCUCGCUCACUCGCUCGCUCUCUCUCUGUCAACUCGAAAUGGUACUGCAAAUGCUCUCUCACUCCCCUUCUCUAGAUUCCACCAGCUCCGCUCUCAUCUCUCGGUUGCCGUCUUCAUCUUCCGCGCCCUACGGCGGAUAUAACCGCCGGAGAAUAUUUUUCACGCCGCUCUCUUAUUCGUAUUCAGCGCUAAAGUUUUCUGCAAUUUCACGCGGAAUUAAAACGAUGACUAGGAACUCUGUGCUCUCCAAUCACACCGGAACCUCUGACCUUCAGUUGUCAGACUCAGAGCUUGAUCUCUUCGUCGAUGUCGGCAACAAGCUUGCCGAUGCAUCCGGCGAAGUCAUUCGCAAGUACUUCCGCAAGACCUUCGACAUUCUCGACAAAGAUGAUUUGAGUCCCGUGACUAUUGCUGAUCGAAUGGCGGAGGAUUCCAUGGUGAAGAUAAUUCAGGAGAAUUUCCCUACCCAUGCGAUUUUUGGAGAAGAGAAUGGCUGGAGGUGUAAAGAGAAGACACCUGAGUAUGUUUGGGUUUUGGACCCAAUAGAUGGGACUAAGAGUUUCAUUACUGGCAAACCUCUUUUUGGAACUCUAAUUUCUCUCCUAUACAAAGGUGAACCGAUUCUUGGCAUUGUUGAUCAGCCUGUCUUGAGGGAAAGAUGGCUUGGGUUGCAUGGGAGGAAAACUACUCUGAAUGGGCAAGAAAUCUGCACACGCAGUUGUUCCGACCUUUCACGAGCCUAUUUGUAUACAACUAGCCCACAUUUGUUCAAUGGAGAUGCUGAGGUUGCAUUUGCUCGAGUUAGAGAUAAGGUGAAAGUGCCACUAUAUGGAUGUGAUUGUUAUGCCUAUGCCCUACUGGCCUCUGGUUUUGUAGAUCUUGUUAUUGAGUCUGGUCUCAAGCCCUAUGAUUUCCUUGCACUUAUACCAGUGAUACAAGGUGCUGGUGGGAUUAUAACUGAUUGGAAAGGACACAAACUUAACUGGGAUGCUUCAUUGGGAUCACCUGCAACAAGCUUUAAUGUAGCAGCAGCAGGGGACAAACAUGUUCAUAAACAAGCUUUAGACUUGCUGAAAUGGGCCUAAAUCAAAUCAAGCGCUUGAACUUGAUGUAAUUAGGAUAUCAGAUUAUUAAUCUGAAGCUGACCCGACGGGGCAUGAGAUUUGAGGGCUCCCUAGAAUUGCCAACAGUUAGGCCAAAUAUUGACCAACUGAUCAAAUAAAUCCAGUAAUCAAUUCUCAUCUGUUAUA